GUAAGCCAUCGCUCACACAGUCAGACCGACGGACUCAUUAACACACACACGGACACACAACUUCUCCAUACACGCCGUAGCCAUGGCUUCCGCUGCGCAGAAGAAGAUGGCAAUUGUUUGCUUGAUGCUGCUGGCCGUCGUCGGCCAAAUCGUCGCUGAUGCUGAUGUUACCGUAGAACAUCCCAGCCGCAUCUGCACCGAAACGGUGAUUGAUCCUCGUGUUCCCAACAACGAGUGCAUCUGCUCCAAGAACUGCGCCUGUGCCGGCAAGUGCAUCCUUGAGUCGCCUGAUGCUGUCCAGACCUGCUUUGUCGACUGCGUCCUCAAGAACGACUGCAUCUGCAGCAGCAAGAUCAUCCCCGGCGCUGACGACCCAAAGGCUAAUGCCAAGUGAAGUAGUACUGCUAUCAUCAUCCCCAAUAAUGGCGUACGUACCUAAAUAAACGACCUCCCAUGCAUGCACCAACGGGGAGAGUUAAGUGUGUAAUAAUUAACGGCCGGUAUGUCUGUACGACGACGCGUCUUGUUUGUAAUAAUAAACCCCUUGUUUUGUACGUGUAAUAAUAAACCACUGUCCACGCGCCUUACACGUAAAUUCAUGUUUGUUUGGAUACACAUUUUCAGUCGAUUCCAGAAUUCGAAAAAACAUAAUAUUAUUGCCUACUGAUGAGACGACUGAUAUAUAAUUUCCAUGAGUGCUUAAUUAAGCUACAAAAAUUAAGCCAAAGUAGUAAUAAUAAUAACGGUAAUUGUUGAGGCUUGCCUUACCAAAGGUCCUCAAGACAUCUUUAUUUCGGUGUAAGCAAAUGUGUUUCAAGCAAAUAGUAA